GAACAGAAGGAGAGAAAAAGAUGAGAAACAACGAAGCAUAAACCAGAAGGAGUGUAAGAGAGGAGAGAUAGAAACAGAUAGCCAAAGAGAAGAAGAAUAGCCUUUAGAGCAAAGGAGACGUUUAAGCUUUGCAUUGAGCUCACUCAGCAGUCAGAUGGGAGCAGGGAGGGGACCCUGCUUUGCCUCGGACUACAAAGCUGCUCUCUGAAAGAUUUUUCUCUGACAUUUCCACUAGGCUGUGGAGGAGGUAGAGGUGGAGGAGACAAGAGGGGGGCUGAACAGGGGGGCUUAGAGAAACAAAAGGAAACCAGCUGCAGAACUUCCUGAAGAGAGAGAGACGGAGAGGAUUAUUUUUAUUUAUUUUUUUUAAAAGGAAAAUUAAAAAAAGUAGGGAAAGGAGGUUUAGCAGCCAGGAUCUGUGAGCCUGCCCUGAGAUCAGCCUCUUCCACAAUGACCAGUGCAAUCCUGAGGAGGAAUUCCAGCAAACAAGGCUUACAGAACCUCAUAAGGCUGACAGCACAGUGGAGUGUGGAGGAUGAGGAAGAGGCAGCAAGAGAGCGACGUAGAAGGGAACGGGAGAAACAGCAGAGGUCCCAGGCAGAAGAUGGCUUGAACAACACCGACUCCUUGUCAGAGAGUGGGCUGCCAGUACAGGAAAACCAGUUUGACUUUAAGCCCUCAGGGACCUCAGAGCUGGAAGAGGAUGAGGGGUUCAGCGACUGGUCUCAGAAGCUCGAGCAGCGCAAACAGAGGUGGGCUGCAGAGGGAACACAAGAGGGGGAGCAAACAUGCCCCAGGGAAUGGACACAGGCCCAGGAAGCAGCGCCUACUUGCAUAGGAGAAAGGUCUCCAAGACACUCCUAUGAGGAAGAGGACAGUGGUCUGAGGGAAGCUGAAGUCAAGCUGGAGCAGGUCCAGCUGAAUCAGGAGGGCCCGGAGGAGAUUCCCGGGGAGAAUGAGGAGAUGAAGCAGGAGCCGCUGGAGACAGAGGAGCCUCAGCAACUUUUUGAGGCAGAAUGCAUUCAAGAGCAGCAGGAGGAAGAGGAGGAGGAGAAAGCUGGGCAGGAGGAGAAAAAGAGGAGGAGGAAUGAGGAGGAGGAGACACCAGAAAAACGCCAGAAAGCUCCGAGCACCUCCAGCAUGGAAGGGGAAGAGGAUGAACAAUGUGAUGGCCAGUCCCCAGCGAGUUCCACAACGAUCACAGACCGAACUGAAUCCCUGAACCGCUCCAUAAAGAAAAGCAACAGCGUGAAGAAGACUCAGCCACCACUUCCUGUUUCCAAGAUUGAUGACAGACUGGAGCAGUACACUCAUGCCAUUGAGACAUCCGAGAAGGUUCAGAAACUUGUCCGACAAUCUUCCCUUGAACUUGCCACCACAAGCAUGGUUGUAGCCAGCACAAAAAACCUCUGGGAGACUGGAGAGGUUGCAGCUCAGUCCUCUGUUAAGUCCCCAUCCUGUAAGGAUAUUGUAGCUGGAGAUAUUGUGAAUAAGCGAAGCAUGUGGGAACAGAAGGGUACCCCCAAAAAUGAAGGCAACAUCAAGACCUCCACUUCUGGCAAGAGGUACAAGUUUGUAGCAACUGGACAUGGCCAGUACAAGAAGGUGUUGAUAGAUGAUGCAACGGAGCAAUAGCGUGUGUGGAGUACCAAUGAACCAGCGGAGCUUGGUCCUGACUAGAUGCAACCCUGUACUCAACGCUGAUGCUUCCUCUGCUAUAAGGGAGAUCACUGAAGGAUGUCUUUCUCCCAGUCCCUGGCAGGCAACUUCUCUCUGCUCCAGAACAGCCUGGCUGUAUCCUCGAGUGGGAGCAUCACCCCACGCUGCUUUUGUGUGGAUGAAAGGAACAUAAUCAGCUGGCUAUUGUUCCUCCCUUUAACUUUCUAAAUGACUCUUUGCUGUUUUGUAUUUGGCUCCUCUGGGCCCUUUUGUUUCCAUGCUGGAGAUGGGAGGCCAUUACUUCGGCCCUCUCUAAUCUCUUGAACACAUGAAAAGAAGAAUCUGCCAACUUGCCUAAUCAAGCAGGGGGUAGAAGGCAUCUCAAUAACCAUUGAGAAACCUCCAGCUACUAACUCUUUCGGGGUAGGAGGGAUAAAGCUGAACAGAAAGAUUAAUGGGUAUGGUGGGAAUGCUCAACAGAUGAGGUUGGUGGACUGAUUCUUAGAACCACCUCUACUCUGGCCUCCAUAAUCCAGUGGAAUCACAACUGUACUGGCAACCUAGACCAUGUCAUAGGUAUCAAAGAACCACCAUGUUCUUCUGUGAGUGGGGAAAACUUACCACCUGUUUUUUUUUUUUCCAUCUCUUCACCUGUGCCUCUUCUGCUGUGAACUUUAAUACGAGGUGGGGAAAACCUAUGACUGACCCUCUCCAGGCCAGGUUAGUCUAUGCCAGCUGAAUACAAGAUUCUAAUCCAGACUUUUCGAAUUCUACAGCUGUUUCCAUACUGAGGUGGUCCCUUCACCUGUCCAUCACAGUGCCAAUCUCUUCCAGACCCUACUGUCCCAUGUGAACAGUGGCAGCCCAGACUUUGGGUUUGAGCCCAUGCAGUAGCUCUUACCUUUUGGUCUCUGCUGAUGAGUCUGAGGGUUCCUUUUCUAUUUGCUGCAUACUCAAACCCACUGAGAUAAUCUUUUUAACAUGAGCCCCAGUGGAGCUGUGUCAAGUACUCCUGUCAAAGUGCAUCAGCAAACUUUGUCCUGUGCUCCUGUGUGUGGACUGUGUUGGUGCAGCUCGGAAACCAGCCAUUUUCACCACUUUUCGCCCAUUGGCGCUGCCUAGGUAGAAGGGUGUUCUGGGGAGGUAGGGGCUGCUUGUAGGGGUGGGGAGAGCCCUUGAAGAUUAGUAAACCUCAGACCUCCACGGUAACCCGACAGGAUUUGGUUUGCUCCCAGUCCCUGCAGACUAACUCUCCCGGGUCAAUCUGUAAACUCCUUCAUGUCCUCUAGCCCACAGUCUUUGGCACAUCCCUGAUCUUCUCUCAUUAAAAAUGUUUCUGUUCUUCCCCCUGCAACUUGCUUCUGUUAUCCUCAGAUAGGAAUCCCUGUCUUAUGGGGCCUCUCUCAUCCCUCAAUUUGCUUACUGCUUUAAUUGAUUCUGUCCUGGAUUUACUUUUGUGUGUGUGAGCAUUUAAUAAAAUGUCUGAGGAAGAUAUUGUAA